AUGUCAGUAUGUGAGAUCAAAUAUCCAGAGACAAUGGAAGGUGGGCGCCCUAAGCUUGGUCAUGAUCCCGCCAGGGAGCCGUUGACCCGGGUUUCCCAGAUGCCAGACCUGUGCAUGCAACAUGGCAGACUGUCCUGGUCACUUCGCCCAUAUUGAGCUAGCAAAGCCAGUGUUUCACUGUGGAUUUCUGACAAAGACUGUUAAAAUCCUUAGAUGUGUAUGCUUCUACUGUGCCAAGCUUCUUGUAGACCCUAAUCAUCCUAAAAUAAAAGAUCUCAUGCGAAAUCCAAAGGUUUUCUAGAAACGACUUGCACAUGUGUAUGACCUGUGCAGGGAAAGAACAUAUGUGAAGGUGGAGAUGAAAUGGACAAAUCUAAGUUUGGAGUAGAGAUGAACAAGGAAGAUGACGAGGAGCCAAAAUUGAAAGGUCAUGGUGGAUGUGGCCGAUACCAACCUAAGAUCCGCCGAUCAGCGCUGGACAUGGUUGCAGAGUGGAAACACAUCAACGAGGACUCACAGGAACGCAAGAUCGUUCUCACGGCCGAGCAUGUGCACGAAAUCUUUAAGAACAUUCCCGACGAUCACAGCAUGGUGCUGGGCAUGGACCCUAAGUACACACGGCCCGACUGGAUGAUUGUGACAGUAAUACCCGUGCCACCACUGUGUGUCCGCCCUGCGGUCGUCAUGUUUGGGUCUGCCCGAAAUCAGGAUGAUAUCACACACAAACUGAGUGAUAUCGUUAAGGCUAAUAACCAGCUACUACGUGAUGAGCAGAAUGGCGCCGCUGCACACAUCAUUGCGGAGGACGUCAAGAUGCUACAGUUCCACGUCGCAACCAUGAUCGAUAAUGACAUGCCUGGAUUACAAAGGGCGCUGCAAAAGUCCGGCCGACCGCUGAAGUCCAUCAAAGCUCGUCUGAAGGGAAAGGAAGGCCGUAUCCGUGGCAACCUCAUGGGGAAACGUGUGGACUUUAGUGCGAGAGCUGUCAUCACUCCCGAUCCAAACUUGGCCAUAGACCAGGUUGGGGUUCCUCGCACGAUUGCCUCUAACCUGACGUUCCCCGAGAUCGUAACGCCUUUUAACAUUGACAGAAUGCAGGCACUCGUACAGAGAGGGGCCAACCAGUAUCCCGGUGCAAAGUACAUCAUCAGAGACAAUGGUGACAGGAUAGAUCUACGCUUUCACCCGAAACCCAGUGAUCUACAUUUGCAGUGUGGAUACAAGGUUGAACGCCAUAUCCGCGAUGAUGACGUGAUCGUCUUCAACAGACAGCCAACGUUGCAUAAAAUGUCUAUGAUGGGUCACAGAGUAAAAAUACUUCCAUGGUCCACCUUCCGUCUGAACCUCAGCGUAACAACACCCUACAAUGCUGACUUCGAUGGAGAUGAGAUGAACUUGCAUGUGCCACAGUCCAUGGAGACUCGCGCAGAAGUUACCGAGAUCAUGAUGGUGCCGCGUAACAUCAUCACGCCUCAGUCGAACCGGCCCGUCAUGGGCAUCGUGCAGGACUCGCUGUGUGCUGUGCGCAAAAUGACCAAGAGGGAUGUGUUUCUCGAAAAGCACGAGAUGAUGAACUUGUUGAUGUGGCUUCCGCCCUGGGAUGGCAAGGUGCCACAGCCUGCUAUCCUGAAGCCGAAGCCUCUGUGGACAGGAAAGCAGGUGUUCUCCCUGAUUAUACCCGGUAACGUAAAUCUGAUCCGUACGCACAGCACUCAUCCCGAUGAGGAGGACACCGGCCCCUACAAGUGGCUCUCACCUGGAGAUACAAAGGUGCUUAUUGAGGGUGGAGAGCUCAUCACAGGAAUCAUCUGUAAGAAAACUGUCGGUCCAUCGGCCGGCUCCUUGCUACACGUAGUUGCACUCGAGCUUGGCCACAAGCUGGCAGCAGAUCUGUAUGGCAAUAUUCAGACUGUGGUGAACAACUGGCUGUUGCUGGAGGGCCACUCUAUUGGCAUCGGCGAUUGCAUUGCUGAUCCGCAGACAUAUAAGGAAAUCCAGGACACCAUCAAGAAGGCCAAGCAAGAGGUGAUAGACGUUAUCGAGAAAGCCCACAAUGACGAGUUGGAACCAACUCCUGGCAAUACACUCCGUAAAACGUUUGAAAACAUGGUCAACAGAAUUCUUAAUGAUGCUCGAGACAAGACUGGAAGCAGUGCCCAGAAAUCUCUGUCGGACUUCAAUAACUUCAAAGCCAUGGUGGUGGCUGGCUCAAAAGGCUCAAAAAUCAACAUCUCACAGGUUAUUGCUUGUGUAGGACAGCAAAACGUGGAGGGAAAGCGAAUCCCAUUUGGUUUCCGGCAUAGAACUCUACCCCACUUCAUCAAAGAUGAUUACGGCCCUGAGAGUAGAGGCUUUGUGGAGAACUCCUACCUGGCUGGUCUUACGCCAUCAGAGUUUUUCUUCCACGCCAUGGGUGGUCGUGAAGGUCUCAUUGACACUGCUGUCAAGACUGCAGAAACUGGUUACAUUCAGCGGCGUCUGAUCAAGGCCAUGGAGUCAGUUAUGGUGCGGUACGAUGGAACAGUACGUAACAGCAUGGAUCAGUUGGUGCAGCUGCGAUACGGCGAGGAUGGGCUUGACGGCACAGCUGUGGAGUUCCAGAUGCUGGCUUCCUUGAAACCCUCGAACAAAGCAUUCGAAAAGAAGUUCAAAUUCGACAUAUCUAAUGAGAGGAAGCUGAAGAGGAUUCUAAAUGAGGAUAUUGUUAAAGAACUGCUUGGGUCAGCUCAAGCUCAGGCAGAGAUCGAGACAGAGUGGGACCAGCUAGCCAAAGACAGAGACGUAAUACGCACCGUGUUUCCAAGUGGAGAUAGCAGGGUUGUGUUGCCGUGCAAUUUGCAAAGAAUGAUCUGGAAUGCUCAGAAGAUUUUCCACAUUAACACGCGGUCGCCGAGCGAUCUGCAUCCACUCAGAGUUAUUGAGGGGGUAAGAGAUCUGAGUAAGAAGCUCAUUAUCGUGGAGGGUGAGGAUCGGCUGAGUAAGCAAGCGCAGGAGAAUGCCACCCUAAAUAUAAAUGCCAUGCUGCGUUCUACGCUCUGCACCAAGCGUGUUGCAGAGGAGUACAAGUUGACGACUGAGUCAUUCGAGUGGCUGUUGGGUGAGGUCGAAUCUCGCUUCCAGCAUGCACAGGCACAACCAGGUGAAAUGGUAGGACCACUUGCAGCACAGAGUUUGGGAGAACCUGCUACACAGAUGACGCUAAACACUUUCCAUUAUGCUGGUGUGUCAGCUAAGAACGUCACCCUUGGUGUCCCACGUCUCAAGGAGAUCAUUAACGUUUCCAAGAAACCAAAGACGCCCUCGCUGACAGUGUUCCUGACAGGACAGGCGGCACGUGAUGCAGAGAAAGCCAAGGAUGUGCUGUGUCGUCUGGAGCACACAACACUUCGCAAGGUGACAGCAAACACUGCCAUCUACUACGACCCCGAUCCACAAAACACCGUGAUCGCCGAGGACCAGGAGUUUGUCAACAUCUACUACGAGAUGCCUGACUUUGACCCGACACGCAUCUCGCCCUGGUUGCUGCGCGUAGAGCUGGACAGAAAGCGUAUGACAGACAAGAAGCUGACUAUGGAACAGAUCUCCGAGAAGAUCAAUGCUGCCUUUGGCGAUGACCUCAACUGCAUUUUUAACGAUGAUAACGCUGAGAAGUUGGUUCUACGUAUACGCAUCAUGAACAAUGACGAGAAUAAGUUCCAAGACGAUGAGGAGGUUGUGGACAAAAUGGACGAUGACAUGUUCUUGCGCUGUAUUGAAGCAAACAUGCUAAGUGAUAUGACUCUCCAGGGUAUUGAAUCCAUUGGAAAGGUAUACAUGCAUCUGCCGAGCACCGAUAUCAAGAAGCGCAUCGUCAUCACGGAGGAUGGAGAGUUCAAGGCCAUCUCAGAGUGGCUGCUCGAGACAGACGGUACGAGUCUGAUGAAGGUGCUCAGUGAGAGAGAUGUCGACCCCAUCAGAACAACAUCCAACGACAUCUGUGAGAUCUUUGCUGUUCUGGGAAUUGAAGCUGUACGUAAGGCAAUCGAGAGAGAGAUGAAUUAUGUCAUCUCGUUUGAUGGCUCCUACGUCAACUACCGUCACCUUGCUCUGCUUUGUGACAUCAUGACUCAGAAGGGGCAUCUUAUGGCCAUCACUCGUCAUGGCAUCAACAGACAAGACACUGGUCCCCUCAUGCGAUGCUCAUUUGAGGAAACGGUUGACAUCCUCAUGGAUGCUGCAGCCUCUGCAGAGGUCGACUGGAUGAAAGGAGUGUCCGAGAACAUCAUGUUGGGACAGUUAGCACGGCUCGGUACUGGUUCGUUUGACCUGCUGUUGGAUGCUGAGAAGUGCAAGCAUGGUAUUGAGUUGCCGACCAACAUGGCUGGAGGCAUGAUGGGUCCCAGUGGUGGGAUGUUCUUUGGCACUGCGUCAACCCCGCAGAGUGGCAUGUCGCCUCAGAUGACGCCGUGGGGUCAGGGUGCGACACCGGCGUACACGGACAUGUGGUCGCCGGGCGUCGGCAGCGGCAUGACGCCGGGCGGCGCAGGCUUCUCGCCGUCGACCGCGAGCGACGCAAGCGGUUUCUCGCCCGGCUACUCGCCCGCGUGGUCGCCGCAGCCCGGCUCACCGGGGCCCGGGUCGCCCGCGAGCCCCUACAUCCCGUCGCCGGCCGGGCCGCUGUCUCCCAGCUACAGCCCGGCGUCGCCCGCGUACGUGCCGAGCUCUCCUGGCUCGCUGACGCCGCGCAGUCCCAGCUACUCGCCGACGUCGCCUUCCUACAGUCCGACAUCGCCCGGCUACUCACCGUCCAGCUCCUCCUACAGCCCGACCAGCCCGAGUUAUUCGCCCGCGCAGAAGAGCUACUCGCCGACGAGUCCCAGCUAUUCGCCGACCAGCCCCAGCUACAGUCCGACCAGUCCUAGCUACAGCCCGACCAGUCCCAGUUACAGUCCGACGUCGCCGAGUUACAGCCCGACGUCGCCCAGUUACAGCCCGACGUCGCCCAGUUACUCGCCUACGAGCCCAAGUUAUUCGCCGACUUCGCCGAAGUACAGCCCAACUAGUCCGUCGUACUCCCCCACGAGUCCUUCCUACAGUCCGACCUCGCCUAGCUACAGCCCAACAAGUCCGAGCUACAGUCCGACGUCGCCCAGCUAUAGCCCUACUUCGCCCAGUUAUAGCCCCACGUCACCAAGUUAUAGCCCUACAUCACCAAGCUAUAGCCCUACAAGCCCCAGCUAUAGCCCGACGAGCCCCAGUUACAGCCCUACCAGUCCUAGCUACUCCCCGAGCAGCCCCAAGUACAGUCCCACGUCCCCAAGUUACAGUCCAACUUCGCCCAGCUACUCCCCAAGCAGUCCGAGUUAUUCACCCAGUUCUCCCCAGUACACCCCGACAUCUCCAAAGUAUAGUCCCACCAGCCCAUCUUAUAGCCCAGCGUCACCUUCGUAUUCCCCAUCCAGUCCUAAGUACUCUCCGUCAAGUCCCAAGUACAGCCCGGCGAGUCCCUCCUACACGCCCACCUCGCCACAGUACAGCCCUUCAUCUCCACAGUAUAGCCCAAGCUCUCCACAAUACAGUCCUAGUUCUCCUAGUUACAGCCCUACGAGUCCGACGUACUCGCCCGCAAGUCCUACCUACUCACCGACGAGUCCCACCUACAGUCCUCCGAGCCCACAAGGUUCGCCCUCUUACUCCCCAACAAGCCCCACCUACUCCCCCACCUCCCCGACCGCCUACACACCUACAAUGGACGAGAGCAAUGAUGAACACUAAAGCACUUCGUUCGUGGGAGAACCUUUAUAUUCGUUGCAAAUGGUAUACGCUAGGGUUGAUAAUCGUGGUGUCGCCACCUGUCGCGCUUUGUAAGGAGCGUACGCGAUGAGAUGUACAUUUGUUCGUAUUAGUACUUUAGUCAUGGAGUUAAUUGUACGCAUUUAAUGGAAUUCGUGUAUUUUGUUGGUGCCAUUUCUAUUCACUCAAUUUAUUAAAAUCUUAAUCAUGAAACACUUCUUUAGAAACAGUUGCUGAUCAGUCAUGUCAGUCACAAUGGUAGAAUAGGGAAAUGUAUGCUUUAAGAUAUUCGUGUCAUCAUUUGUUUGACAUAUGUAAGUAUAAUGCCUUGAAAUUAGAGAUAUUACAUCAAAGUAAAUAUGCUCGUCGAAUUGCGGAAACAGAAAUCCCAAGAUUUUGCAUGCUUGUCAACUUAACCAUGUCAACAAUGCAGAUUUGUUACUAAAAAAAGUAAACCGGUUUGAUUUUUAAAUGUAUAAACGAAAUAAAUAUAUUGUUUCCCAAUUUGGGUUUGACCAAAUA